UGGCCGCCAAUCUUCUGCAACGAAUUUGCAACCUCAGCGACUACAUCUCACAAUAGCCUCCAUUAGCCGCUAAAAACGAAAAGAAAACAAAAAAAAAGAAAAAAGGAAAAAUCGAUAAUGAUAAUCACAGAGAUGAAAUAACUCUCACCAUUCUCUUCCAACCCCAAAUUCUAACCUGGCUUGGUUCCUUUAUGGAUGCCAUCCAUAUAGGUAUCCAAGCAUCUUAAUGUGCAGGCAGUUGCAGCACUGCACUGUACACUCAAGAUGUUGCGCACCCAGCUGAAAAGAGUUUCACUGACGACACCUCGCAUUCAUCAUGGCCCUUGUCGUAACCGCCUAGGCACUAGAACCGCAAAGCGCACAAUUAGUAACAUUAACUUUUCUGACUCUGCCAUUCGUGUCCCACUGCUCAGACCCACGUUAUGGGCUCUGGCAGCGACGACCACCAUCUAUCUCGGGUGCGCCGCCUUUGAUGUAUACCGUGACGUGAGGCGUGCGAAGAAGCGCGGCAUUCUCAGGGAAGGUGGAAGGGUCGGCUCCUACGACGAGUUCGAAUAUGACAAGCGCCAUGGGCGGCCCCGGCACUCGCCGCAAUCUGAACCAGCAGCUGCAUCGCAUCACUCGCCCUUGCCGUCUUUGCUCUUGCUGGAUCAGCUGAGGGUGAUGCUCGCGGGCCACACUGACGCGGAGAAAGUGAUCAUGGGCUGCUUGGCUGUCAAUAUCAGUGCGCUGGGAGCGACCUACCUUGCCGGCGGGGCCGCGCUGCAGCCCUUCAUUCGCUUUCCCAUGUCCAGCCCUCCUUUCACUUUACUCACUAAUGUGUUCUGUCACUCGAGCGCCUUGGAUGCGUGUCUCACUGGCUUAUUGAUAUUACAACCCACCGGUGAUAUCGCACAGUCUCACAUAUUCCAAGGGAACGGCAGCCACAUGACCGCCUUCUACUUCUCGACUGCCAUUCUGUCGACUCUCGGGGAUCAGUUUGCAACCGUGCUGCCGUCUAGGACAUAUCGAUUCAACCGCUUCUUGCCGAUUUCGGGAUCCGGUGGCAUGGCUAUGGCUAUGCUGGGGGCGUGGGCCACACUGCAGCCGGAGUCGAAAGUCGGCAUGAUGUUCAUACCAGGAUUAUCAUUUUCAAUUAAGGAUAUCAUGGCAGCUCUUGCGGUGUAUAACACAGUCGGUAUCUUCGUCGGAAUGCCCUUCGUAACGGCCCAUCAUGGCGCGCAUCUCUGUGGACUGGCACUCGGAUCUGGGUAUGUAUACUUCGGGGGGGAGAAACGCAUAUGGCGGCCCACACGCAAAGUCGCAUUUUAUUCCAUGAAGGCGUUGCGUAUAAUAUAAGGGGCAAGCUUAACCUUAGAUACUUAUCAGGUACUUAGGUAUCUAGGGAGGUAAGGAGCCGGAGGUUAACACUCAAUGGUCGAAGGUUCGGCGUAUUAGCAAUGUUGAGGCUUGCUAUAGCCAACAUGAUGCGACAUCCGUAUUCCUGUACUUGAUAUUUCCAACAAACCAACAAGAAGUCUAUAUUUGUUGAUGGUCUAGGAUGGCGAUGAAAGAAAGGGGCUGAGUAAGCGACAUAGGGGAAUGAGCGUUACAUUUAAAGGGGGUCAUUUUGGAUAUGAUGGCCCGAAAGAUACUUCUUAGACGGAUUAUUCUAGAUAGGCAUUUAUGGAGUUUUAUAUCCGUGAUGAUAAGAUAUAUAGAUGAUUUAGAAGAUCGGAAUCUAUGAUGACUUAUGACUUCCAGACUUGAGUGAAUGUAUCAUGUGUACU